AUGGAAGCGAAACCUAUUAACAUAAAAAAUGUAGACUUGGUAAGUAAACGAAACUGCUUAUGAUGUCUCUUUUAUAAUUUCAGAAAGAGGGGGAGGGAUUCAAACUGAAAAGCACGCUCGUUCGUUCGCGGAUUCAAUCAAUCCUCAAGGUCAAGCUAAGUGGAUCUUCCCAGAUUUUCCAUCAUUGUUUUUUUAGAUUGCCAUUAGAGUGAUCGUCUUGCUGGUUUGUGUCAUCUGCUGUUGCAUUCUGUUCGUUCUGGAAGCGGCGACGGUCGCCAAAACGACUCGUUAAACUUUUUCGGCUCUCUCACAAAUUCUAUUUUUAAUUUCAGCAAUAUUCACUUUGGAGGAGCUGAAACAAGUGGAAGACGAGGAAGCGAACGCCUACUUGGCCAACUUAACCCUCAUUCUCUGGUCGUUCGCAGUUUACACCCUCACGAGGUCUCAUAAUCUCACGGUUUCUCUCUUCAAAUGCUCUUCAUGCUCUUCAGUGAAAUCAUGAAGAUCAUGGCGCUCAACGAGAAAGUGCGAAUUCUAGAGUCGCUCCGUCAUCGGACCAAGAUGGAGUCGACCAUCUCGCUGAUCCGUCAGAAGUCGUAUUUCGACGCGGACGCCGUCGAUUUCAUCUUCUCGAACCAGCAGAAUCGACUGAUUGAGACGGUCAACGACGAGCUGGAGCCCGAGGAGAUGGUGCAUCACCGAGUGCACGGAAUGAAUCCGCACAGAAAGUUUAAGAGCUUCAGAGAUUGA